UCUGUAGAUUCAUGUGCUCUUGUUGAGCAAUUGAGUACUCCACCACAGAAGUAUGAGAUGGUCCAAUUGGAUCAGAAACCAGAGUUAGGGAAUCUGAAGGUCACUGAACCUCCUCAGUUGGACCAGAUACCAGAGAGCCAAAGGUUACUCUCCACAAGGAUUAUUAAACAGGAGGCCGAAAUUCGAGAGGAUAAGGAGGCCUUGGAAGGCCAUCACAUGAAUCUAGCUACAACUGGGAACCUUUACAGGGGCAAA